AGAGCAUUCAGCUUCCAUUGAAGAGUCCUCUUCCCCCCUCUCCCCCUUCUUCCCUACUUACGUUGGCUCUUGUUUCUAACUUUUGCUACCGCCGCCAACUCACUGCCUGUGUUAUGCGAGCACCGCGAGUAGAAACAAAUACACACACACACACACACACACGUACGUAUCUCUAGCUGUCUGCCCUGCAGGAAAGAUUAUAGAACUCCGUUAUAGAGCCUCACGCAGCACGCAGCGACUCGACGAGAGAGGAGCAAGAGCAAACGAACGAGGUUGAGUGAAGUUCGGUGAGGAACACCUUAUAGAAACACGCAAGCUUCCCCUCCCGUUUUCUUAAACCCUUUCUUUAAAAGAAAGAAAAAAGGGGUGACAGUGAAGGCCACAACGAGCAUCAGCGAUAUUUAUACUUACAUCAAGAGAGGUGUACAUACACACAUCAACAGCAUCAACAACAACCAAAAACAUGUUUCGUCGCACCUUCCUCUCGCGCGGACACCGCGAAAACAUCAUCCGCAUUUUUCAAGAAAUGGCGGACCUCAACAACGCCCUCGGCGAGAAGUACAAGGUCCAGAGCUAUCUCCGCAGCAUUGAGAGCCUCAAGACGAACCUUGACAAACCCCUGAACACCCCACAGGACCUGAAGGCCUUCUCGGGCUUCGGUGCGAAGCUGCUGAAGAAGGCAGAGGAGAUCAUGACCUCCGGCAAGCUGGAGGAGUUAGAAAGCAAGACGAAGCCGAAGCUGAAGGCAAUUCAGGAACUGACGCAGGUGCACGGUUUUGGCCCGCGCGCCGCGGCCGCCCUCUUCGACCGCGAGGGCAUCUUCACCGUGGAGGAGCUGCUGCAAAAAGCCGACACCAUCCCGUCCCUCACGGACCAGCAGCGGGUCGGCAUUAAGUACUUCUACGACAUCAACGAAAAAAUUCCGAUGCAGGAGAGCGUGCUGCACGAGAACUACCUGCGCGAGAAGUGCUUAGAGGUGCUUGGGAGGGAUUAUUCGAUCGUGAUCUGCGGCAGCUACCGUCGUCGCCACCCCUUCAGCGGGGACGUGGACGCGCUGCUCUCGCGUACCCUUGAUGCUCCACCGCUAAACGAACCGGUGGCUGCGAUCGGCGUACUGGGGAAGUACGUAGAGUACUUGGAGCAGGCGAAGUACCUGGAGGCGACCAUGGCGCAGGGCCCUCUGAAGUACAUGGGGAUGGGACGCCUGCCGCCGCGCAUUGUCCGCGACAAGGCCGGGCGUGAGAACACGAAGGUGUACAAGGCACGCCGCGUCGACAUCCGCCUGAUCGAGACGAAGAGCGUCCCGACAGCGAUGCUGACCUUCACUGGUAGUAAGAACUUCAACGUCAUUAUGCGGCAGGCGGCGAUCGCGAAGGGGUACUUGCUGAACGAGUACGGUCUGUUCCGUCUGGGCACGCCGGAGGAGGCGCGGGCGCUGUACGAGCGAGUCGGGAUUAAAGGCAAAAACGCCGGCGAGGAGCUCGGCGUGCCGAAGGAGGAGUUGGAGGACAAGAGAGUCGAUGUGCGGUCGGAGCAGGACGUGUUUGAUGUGCUGGGGAUGCCGUACGCAAAGCCGGAGAACCGCGAUCCCUAA